UUAAACAGAAAACAGCUGUUUCAACCACGUCCUCGAUUCCACGAAGACGAUAGCCAUUGGGCUAAAGUGUGACCAUCUUGUUUUUUACGGGAAUGUGGGAUUGUGAAUUGAAACAAAAGUACACGCUUGUAUCUUGAGAUCGUCUUAGGACAGUUGAGUUAUGGCCGCUUUAGACCACGGAAUAUUAUUGGUGUGUAGAACAGUGCCUGGUUCACGUUUUCGAUCGUCUGUACUGGCAUGUGAGCACAAUUACACAUGGCAUUUGAACGCCGAUAGAUUUUAUCGUUGUUCAGAAACGAAACGUGGAUGCUCAGCAAAGAUUUAUGUUUUAGAAGACGGUACUUACUGGAUGACAAAUGGGCACAAUGGCCACUUAAAUAAGGAACAUGAAAUCAAGUUGAACGCGGUGAAACGUGAAAUGUGUAUCCGUGCUAGCAAUAGCAGAGUACCUUUCAGAUUAAUUUUUGAUGAAGUUAGAGAAAUUUACCCUGACGUUGUAAUCGGAUAUAAUGGUAACAUUCAACGAUCCAUGCAGCGUGCAAGGAGUUCAGCGCAGCCUAGAAAUCCGAGAACACUGGAUGAAGUGGAGGCAUUAUUGGUUGCUACACCACUUUACAAUCGAACAAGAGAUGGCAAUUCACAAUUCUACCAUGGAAGGGUAUCUACUGCUACUGGUACUGCACUCAUAUUUAUUAGCCUUUCCAUGCUACCGGUAUUGUGUACAUCGCAGGAAGUGGCAUGUGAUGCUACUUUUGCAACUUUACCCUUGUUGUUUUCGCAAAUGUUCACCGUGCAUGUUUCAGCUUACACAUAUAUGUUUCCAUUAGCUUACGCCCUGAUGACAGAAAAAACGGAAGCGUUAUACACUUUAGUGCUGGGACGUAUAAUUGAAGUUUUAAAUGCACUAACAGGUGGAGUUCCCGCAACUAUAAUAUCUAUGAUAGCAGAUUUCGAAUAUGCGAUAUUAAAUGCGAUGGAAACCACAUUUCCAGCAGGCCAUUCUAGGGGAUGUUGGUAUCAUUUUGGACAGGCGAUCUAUAGGAAAGUUUGUGAUGAGGGAUUAAAACAAGCCUAUGAUGAAAGGCCCAAUGUGCAAAAGCUAAUAAAAAUGUUGAUUGCACUUGCUCUUCUACCCGUGAAUCAAGUUGAUGCUGGAUUCUUGCAUAUCAGGCAACAGUCUCUGAUCUUACUUGCAGAAGAAACGCCUCAGGUGCGACAAGCUAUGCAUAUCAUUUUCGAAUAUAUGCAAACCUAUUGGUUGGAUACUGUUACACCGGAGCGUUUUUGCGUUCAGGGACAUUCACGUCGAACAAACAACGAGGUAGAAUCGUUCCAUCGCUGGUUCAACGCACGAUGUGGGAAAUAUCACCAGAACUUUUGGACUUUCUUAGAGUACUUACAAAAAAUUGAAUCUUUAACAUUGAAAGAUUUUGAUAUUGCAAGAGCAGGAGGUCAAAUUCGACGAGAUCAGGGUGUGACGCAACGCCAAAAAGAUGAGAGAAUCCGGCAUUUUGGUCGACAGCUUGCUAAUGGGCAAAUGCCACUUGGUCAGUAUUUGGAAAUGUGUUCAUCGUUUUUCGAACCUGCACUACCACCUCCUGCAAUACUUAUUCCACUUGUACCUGCGCUGCCUGUGCAUUUGGGUUCCGACGAGGAUCACAUCAAUUCAGACAACUCUUCGAAUGAAGAAGAAAAUUACGCUGGUCAUGCUGGUGGUGUUCAUGGAAGGGGUCGAGCACCAAGAAGACGUCAAGUGAAUCGCGAAGCUCAAAGGGUGCGAAGAGGAGUAAGAAGACAUGGAGGAGUCAGAGUAGUUGGAGAAAUUAUAGAAGCACAAGUAGACGAAGCGGAACUGCGGCGAGCCCGUUUUCUACUGUUACAGGAAAUGGGCAGAGAAUUCACUAUGCCACAGGCAGCCGAAAUAUUGCAAGCGGCUGCUGUAUUGAAUUGAAUGCUGUGUGCAGUAUUUGUGUAACAUAUCAUGUUUCAAUACACUUCUGCUAUCUGGACUGAA